GAGAGAGAGAGACGGGUGCAGCGUUGCCACCACCAGGACGGGAUUAAAAAAAAAAAAUACCCACAGCGAGCAACAUCACCUGCGGAGACAGACGCUGGAUUCCCCCGGGGCUUUGGAAACACACACAUCUUCCACGUUGCUGUGUCUGUUUUUGUUGUGUUUGUUGUUUUGGUCAGGAAGGAAACCCUCAAGUGUCUCUCGGUUGUGUAUUGUGACAGAAAAAAAAAGAGGGCGCCCAAAUCUGUCCCCCUUUUAGGACGGGACCUUUUUGAAUCUCCGAGCACCAACAAUGGACUGCGUUUCCACCGGGAACUCACUCCUGGAGCCGUGCGGCACUCACACAUGGGACCGUAGCGUUUCAAACCCAGGCGACAUCUGUCUGUGUAGUUGUUAAACAGUGUUUACCGUGGUGCUGGUGGGGGUCGGGGUCGUCGGUUGGUGCCCGCCAUGCCCGGGAGGAACAGGUACAACCUGGUGGACGAUCUGGCGGACUCGAGGGUGCCGCUCCACAACGAAGAGGCGUACCAGCAUGGGAUUCAUUUCCAAGCCAAGUAUGUGGGGAGUCUUGACGUGCCCAGGCCCAACAGUCGGAUGGAGAUUGUGGCAGCCAUGAGGAGAAUCAGGUAUGAAUUCAAGGCCAAGAACAUCAAGAAGAAGAAGGUCAGCAUUGUGGUGUCUGUGGACGGGGUCAAGAUAAUGCUGAGGAAGAAACAGAAGAGAAAAGAAUGGUCAUGGGACGAGAGCAAGAUGAUGAUCAUGCAAGAUCCCAUUUACAGGAUUUUCUACGUGUCUCAUGACUCCCAGGACUUAAAGAUCUUCAGUUACAUUGCAAGAGAUGGUUCCAGUAAUUCCUUCAGAUGUAAUGUCUUCAAGUCAAAGAAGAAGACUCAGGCCAUGCGUAUUGUGCGGACAGUAGGUCAGGCCUUUGAAGUGUGCCAUAAGCUCAGUCUUCAGCAUGCUGAGCAGGAUGCAGACGGACAGGCCGAUGGAGAGAGUGACAAGUCCACAGAGGAGCCCAGCAGUCAAGGUCGUAAACUGACGGGAGCAGAGCAAGGGGAGGACGAGGAGGAGAGCAAACAUGGGGGAAGGCAAGGAGGAGAAAGUCCUUCGGCUGGAGCUUCGCUGUGUGAAAAGGCAGUCAGUGAAAUUCUGCAGAGUCUGGCUGAACUGAACAUGGUCAAACCUGGACAGACCAUUAUAGACUUUGAUCGGAGGUCCCUCUUCACUGUGACAUCCCAAGGCGUUACUCCCAGCAGCCCUCGCUCUCAGUCUCUCACUCCGCUGGCAUCUCAGCACUACCUGCAGCUUCUUCAGCAGCAGCUACAGCAGCAGCAGCAGCACACACAGGUGGCUGUUGCGCAGGUGCAGUUACUGAAGGAUCAGAUGGCAGCAGAGACUGCUGCUCGUAUGGAGGCUCAAGCCCGUGUCCACCAGCUGCUGCUGCAGAACAGGGACUUGCUGCAGCACCUGGCCCUGCUCGUGCAGCAGCUGAAGGAGUUGGAGGCCCGCUCCCCAAAAACAACACAACCAGGGCAGCCACAACAGGAGCCUCAGGCUAAUGGGCACAAUGGUCAACAGUCAUCUUGCAGCUCAGUUUCUACAUCAGUAAAGUCUCUGUCUCUGAAUCUGAAGAAUCACUACAGCCAGGCCCUGGACCAGCUCAUCACCUCCACGCCCUCAUGGCCCCUCCAAACCUCACCCCUCUCCCCCACCCAAGUGGACUGCGCCGAGUCCUACCUGAACCUGCUCAACCUGGAGAACAGCACUAAACCAGACGCAUCGGUCAACGGAGGCCUGGACCCCUUCAUCGAGACCAAUGGGAGAGCGGACGACAAGGAGGGCUCGUGCAAUGAGAUCGUCCCGUUUACGUUGAGGAACUCAGUCAACAUGGAUGAAAAGUUUAAACAGAUGAUCCCUAAACUUGACCCCCCUCCACCCUCCCUGAACCGCAAGCGGGCCAGCAGGACCUUGUCUCCGGGGGCAGACGUCACAGCUGCGUCCACACCAGGCGAGGUCACCGCUAACGAUGUGGCCCCCAGCCGCAGCAGCAGCCUCUCAUUCCCAGACAUCACCCCCAGCUCCUUGUCGUCCGCUGAUUUCCACUCGCUCAGCAACGGCGGCGAGAGCAGCUCCUGCUCGGCCAGCGAUGACUCGGGCGUCCGCUCUGAGACCAAGUCCCUGCUGUCGCCACUGCGCGACGAUGACGACCUGUUUGGGGACCGCGGGACGUUUCUGACGGCCUCCAGCGGCUGUGACAGUCCCCUGGAGGAGAGAUGCGAAGCGGUUCUCUCUUCCUCCGAGUCAUAUCCCGCUGACCCCCCCACCCUCGUCACACAUUCGGACACCUAUGAGCACCCACUGCCCUUCACGUCUCCUAUGAAUGAUACCUGCCUUCACAUCAGUUUCUCUGAGGAUGAGCUGCUGGAGAGCAACCAGGAAGACCCAAAUGUCCCACAGCGGAGUUAGGAGGGCGAGCUGAUGGGCCCCUGGAGACCCUUUUCACCGUGUCCCUCAAUCAGCUUUUAAUGCAAUACUUACUGUCAGACCCUCCUAUGUUUGCACUGGGCUCCAUUUCAGGACCUUUAAUUAUUCCGUCCACUUGUGACACAGUACAGACAUAGCAUAUAGCAGAAAAAUAAUCUUAUCGUAUAAAUUAUUAGCUAAUGGACAGAUUUAGUAUUUUUGUAAUGAAUUAAUGAUCUAAUUUACUUUUUAGUGACUAGAAUGUUAAGCAGAAUACAUGUAGCAAUUCUUGCACUGUUAAGGUCACACGUAAUUUACUGUAGAAUUCAAAGCCAAUGAGGGAACACAUUUUAUUUUUGCUAGUAGUCUACAUUUAAACUUUAUUUUCUAUGAUGCUUCGCUGUGGUGCAAACUAUUGUGGGAAAUAUGAUUUUCUGGAGAUUUGAUACACAGUGAUCAUGCAAAUGUUUGGUGAUGUUGGGAAGAGCCUCGCCGUCUGUACAGCACCAAACUGGAUUGAGGGUGGAAAGAAAAGAACAAGAAAGUCAGUUAAAGGAAAAAUGGAGGAUAGAAAUGAGCAGAUCUAUUUUAUGUGUUUUGUUUAUGCACAUCCAUUUGUGGCUGUGUACAAAUGGAUUUUUUAUUACCAGGGUUGAGUGGAUUUUAGAAUGUUUUGUGCUACGUGUAUUUUGAGGUUUUCACACUUGUGAGCCCCUAAAGCAGUGCUGUAAAAAUGAGUGGAAUAGCCAAAUUUAUGUAUUCCAUUUAUUCUGUCGAUAGCAUGGUUGUAAUCCUUCAAAACAAAGGAAUUUCCACAGUGAAUUUAAAAUAUUUUAGUUGUGAAAAUGGCACAGAAAGAAAGCAAACCCCUCAAAAAGUCGACACAAUGAGCCAUAAAAGCUUUGCACCUGUCUGAGUGGGAGUCUGUUAUAAAAUGAACCCUCAGACUCAAUGGGAAGAUAAUUGUCGAAUCACAAAGGACCUUGGAGAAAGACAGCUUUGCGGAUGGAUUUUCUCUGUUCCGUCACUUCGUGAAAUCCUGAAUAACCAGCAAGUCAGUUUCAUUUAGAGCUUUCAGGAGAAAUCACCCUGACAUUGUAUAUUUAUUGUUUUUUGUGAGUGCAGUUUAAUCCGAGCGUUGGGAACAUUGUUUUAGCUUGAUUGGUGUAUUUCAGUAUAGAGCUACAACAAUUAGUCGAUCAACAGAAAAUUUUGAUAAUCUAUUAAUAGUUUUGAAUCGUUUUUUGAUGUUAACAUUUAAUGUGAAGUGAAUAUCUUUGGGUUAUCGGACUGACAUUUUAUAGAUUAAGCGAUAAAUCGACAGAGAAAAUGAUCAGCAGAUGAAUUAACAAUGAAAAUAAUAAUUUGUUACUGCCCUACAGCUAAACAUGCAGCUAUUCAAAUGUUCUUUUUAAAAUGUGUUUACAUGCAAGUGGUAAGGUAUUACUGCACUGUUAAUAGUUUUGUACUCAAUUAAGCGCACUGGUGUAAUCUCUGACAGGUAGACGCGUCAAUAAAUGGAUGAGUGAGGAAAAAGGAGCAGAGCUGUAACAAGAGGUUGUGUGUGCCCACAGGCAAAGCUUUUAACACCCAGAAACGAGGCUUUUCUCAACAUCACAUGUGGCAGGGAGUUUUAACAGCAAUAACAGCGUGGAAGAAAAAAAUAAUAAAGAGGAAUAGUUGACAAACUUCAACAUUUACAGUGUUUUUUUCUUUUCACCACAUUUUUUUAUCCAGAGUAUGUGUGUAUUAUAUGCAGACAAUAUCACACUCUUAUUUAUGUGAUCUUGCACACAGGAUAAUGACAGAAAAUGGAGACGACUGCGCAUGAAGGCAUUCAAAGGGACCACUGUUCACUUUACUGCUUAAAUUACCUGUCACUGCAUGGUUCUUUGUUGGUACAUGUCUUCUAUGUAAUUUCCCAUAACCGCAGCAGUGUAAACAUAAUUUUAUCCACUGAUAAAUGCACUUUGAGGAGAUCAGGUUUCAAACUGCAAAGCAUUCACAUAUAGUAUUUAAACAGGUAAAGCUGUGGAAAUCAGCAAGCUCACAGCUGGAUUCAAACCACUGAGUAACAAUGCAACCACAGGUCCAUUAAAGAACGAAACACUGUUCACUUCAUCUUUUUGGUUUGAAUUGAAACAAGCAUAGUCUGUUUGC